CAGAGUGACCACGAGGAGCUCCAAUCGGGAGAAAAUAGAUAACAAUGCUCGCACCGGUGCCGAAAUGGAGUGUGGUUUGGGCAAGUCCAGCUGCAAUAUUAUGGGUGAUGGGUUGGCCAACGCUGCUGGAGGAGAUUGCUGUUUUGAGGGGCCAGACUACAGCGGUGUCCUCAGAGAUGAACAUGUCCAGAAUUUUGGGACUGGCGGCAGCGUUGGUGCUGGUGAUGGGGCAGCUUGCAUCCCAGAGGGGAUUCAGAGUAAUGUAGGAGCUGAGAACUGUGAGUCUGAGGGUUCGAAGAAGUCCCGUGUGACCGGGAAUGGGUUAAAGAGCAACAUUUCUUCUGCUGCAGAUCAUGUGCUGGAGCAGCCGGAGGGAAAAGGUGCUAACACGGGAAAUGGCGCUUCCAAGGAGAGUGAUGUAGCAGCCAAAGGGUGCAGCUCUGCAGUUCCUGGAAGCAAUGCUAAUGACCCAAAUUGCCGCAGAGGGCGGAAAGUAAUAUCGCCAUGGAGGUUCCAGAUCGGGUACAAGCGGUCAUUCUCGAAAGCUUUCUGCUCCAAUGGUGGAUCACUUGAAACUCCGGAAUACAGUGCUCAGGGCAGCUCAACACAGUGCACUCCAGGAACUAGAAGUACUGUGAGGUGCUAUGCUAGCCCCCUUUCAAAUGUUCGAGUUUCGGCCGUGCGGGAUUUCUCCUCAGGGAAAGGUGAGAAGGAAACCCGAGCAGCAUAUAAAAAGGUGAAAACUGAGAAGGAUGAUGAUAAUCAGGGAAUGCCAAAAAAUGGAGUUGCCCUUGCUAGGGAGAAAGUCAUCAGAUCCUUGCGGGAUUUCCGCUUAAUUUACAAGAAUCUUUUGAAUAAACUUGAAGACAAGUCACGGGAAGGAGGAGCCGAUCUACAAGCUUACAAAAUCUUCAGGGACAGGUUCCUUGCACAGUGUAACGACGAGAGAUUUGUUGGCAAUGUGCCUGGAAUCCAUGUUGGUGAUAUCUUUUAUGCAAGGGUUGAGCUUUGCAUUAUCGGUCUUCAUCGCCCACACCGGUUAGGGAUUGAUCAUAUCAGGAAGGAGGAUGGUACUUGUAUAGCUGUUAGCAUCGUGGCAUAUGCACUUCUUUCUGAUGUCAAGGAUAAUUUUGAUGCCUUGGUGUAUUCUGGAUCAAGGACAGCUACAAUGAAUCAGAAGAUAGAGGGUACCAAUCUUGCACUGAAGAAGAGCAUGGAUACCAAAACACCAGUUCGUGUCAUCCAUGGUUUCACCAUUCAUGCUAAGAGGAACAGCCAGCGGAAGAGUAUUCUUCUAUAUGGGGGUUUAUAUCUAGUUGAGAAAUACUGGAGGGAGAAAGAAAGCGAAGAUCGUUAUGUUUAUAUGUUCCGAAUGAGAAGAAUGGCAGGUCAGAAACACAUUGACAUUGAAGCAAUUAUGAAAUCAGAACAGGCUGAGCCAUAUGAUGGUGUUAUAAUGAAAGAUAUAUCCCAAGGGUUGGAGAGGAUCCCGAUAUCUGUUUUGAACUCUAUAUCUGAUGAGCAUCCAAUGCCCUAUAUCUACAUGUCUCGCCUGAAAUACCCCCCUAACUAUCAGCCAGCUCCUCCAGCAGGCUGUGCUUGUGUAGGCGGGUGCUCGGACUCUAAACUGUGUGCCUGUGUAGUGAAAAAUGGUGGGGAGAUCCCUUUCAAUGAUAAAGGCUGUAUCAUAGCAGCAAAACCUCUUGUUUAUGAGUGUGGACCUUCUUGCAAGUGUCCUCCUACAUGUCAUAACAGAGUCGGCCAGAAAGGCAUCAAAUUUCGGCUGCAAGUCUUCAAGACCAAAUCGAUGGGUUGGGGUGUGAAAACUCUCAACUAUAUACCAUCUGGAAGCUUCGUCUGUGAAUACAUUGGGGAAGUGCUGGAUGAUGAAGAAGCACAGAAAAGGAUGACUGAUGAGUACCUAUUUGCUAUAGGGCAUAAUUAUUAUGAUGAAUCCCUUUGGGAGGGCCUAUCAAGAUCUAUACCCUCGCUUCAGAAUGGUCCGGGUAAAGAUGAAGAAACUGGUUUUGCUGUUGAUGCGUCAAAGAUGGGGAACUUUGCUAAAUUUAUUAAUCAUAGCUGCACCCCCAACCUCUAUGCACAAAAUGUUCUCUAUGAUCAUGAUGACAAGAGUGCUCCUCAUAUCAUGUUCUUUGCCUGCGAAGAUAUUCCACCUGGUCAAGAGCUAGUAUACCACUACAACUAUGCCAUAGAUCAGGUUCAUGAUGAGAAUGGUAACAUCAAGAAGAAGAAAUGCCUUUGUGGCUCUGUGGAGUGUGAUGGCUGGUUGUAUUAGGUUUAGACUGUGAUGCCUUUGUGGCUCUGUUGAAGUUAUGUCAUUGCCAUUAAUUCUUCUUCUAACCUUUUCAGUGUCCAAUAAGUAUCAUCAUUUAUGUUUCUCUUA